AUGUAUCAUGAGAACGUCAUUGAUCAUUACGAGAAUCCACGUAACGUAGGAUCAAUGGACAAGAGCUCGAAGGAUGUUGGUACAGGUCUCGUGGGCGCCCCUGCUUGUGGCGACGUAAUGAAGCUACAGAUUCAGGUGGACGAGAAUGGAACGAUCGUAGACUCUAAAUUCAAGACGUUUGGUUGCGGCUCUGCCAUUGCGUCGUCAUCUGUGGCUACGGAGUGGCUUAAAGCUGCAUUGCAGCAUGCUGGCUGA